UUGUUGUGAAGUUUCGAAAAGUGAUAGGUGAAUUUUUAUAAAGCCAAUAAGUUUCACUAAAAGUGGCUACUCUUUGUAAAGUGAGUUUUCAAAGGGAGAAAUAAUUCUUAAAAGUUUUUCUUUAUUUGACAAAUAUUAACUACGAACACCCUGUUCAUGUUUAUAGAAAUAUAGAACCUUUUAAUAGCCGCUGAAUGAUUAUGUGUUUGUUUACGUUAUUUUGUCUUGAACAAUUUAAUUAUGACCGCUUAUCAAUUGUACCUACUGUGCAUUAAUAACAAAGAUCAUUUCAUGGGAUAAUGGGAUGUUUUCGUUUGAGUGAGAUAUCGCAACUAUUUCAAUUAGAUCAGCAGUUUUUGGCUUUUCGGCGAUGGGAACUGUAUUUUCGUUGUGUCUUGGGCGUUAAAUCCUUUCAGUAUGUAAAUAUUUUUGGUGCUUUAAGCAUACAUUUUUGAUGUGACCAAAAAGCCUUGUUUUGUAAUCUAUUUACUUAUUGUUACAUCUUUACUCGGUUUAGACGCACAGUGCAGUAUGUCGGACCCAAAUUUAGAAAAAAAUUGUGAAAUAUGUGCCGUGCAGAAUGAAGAAUAUCAAAAUAAUGACCCAAAAGAAAAAUAUUUGCCGCAUCAUCUUCAUAUAAUGCAGUACUUUGCUAGUACUAUAGCGAGGAUUUAUCGAAACCCAGCUCCCGAAAAAAUUGAGAAUGGCGAGUCCCUUACCGAGCUCACAGAUUUGCCCAAUACAAAUGGUAGGAAUUCUGGGAAUUAUGAGAGCGCUCGUGAAUCAUUAAAUGAAGAAUCUUAUACUUCAAAUGUACAUGAAGAAUCUAAUACUUCAAAUGGACAUGAAGAAUCUAAUACUUCAAAUGGAAAUGAAGAAUCUAAUAAUUCAAAUGACAUUGUCAUGAAUAUCGAGGAGCGAUACUCUCGAACCAUCAUAGAAUCCCCACGCAUAUCCAAACGUUGUGUAACAUUCUUGAAUUACGCCUUUUUUACAUAUUCAGCCCUGCUGUUUUUGGUGGUAGCUGGUUUAUUGCUUAUGUGCAUGAUGUACUUUGUCUAUAGGAUCGGAGUGUCAACUGGAUAUUUGGACCCAAUAAACUCCUAGCUUUGAAGAGUUUUGCUAAAUCACGUAUUCCUGACUGCCAAAGCUACCAGUUUGGAAUUGGUCGAUUCAUGAUUUUAUUAACAUGGUAUUGUAGUAAUAGGUUUUGGUUCAGUUUACCAGUGAUAGCUUUCCUAGUUUAAAGUAUAUUUUACUCAUAACAUAACUGUUUUUCUAAACCUUGUGAAUUGAAAUUGAUUCAUUUAACAGUUUAUUAGUUACAGUAACAUAUUUUAGUUUAGUUUUUAUUGGGCUUAGAGCCGGUUUAUUCACAUUCUGAUAAACUGUCAGGUAGGUAUGCAAUUUGACGGAUAACAACGUAAUCUGUCUGGACAGCCAGCUAUCCGCCGUCCAAUAGAAUUAAAGAACGAUUAAUUUAACUUGCAGAUAUAGUUACCAGCAAGUUUAUCUGAAGAUGAAUAAACCGGGCCUUAGUCAUUCAAAUAAUGUUUAAAUAAGAUCAAUUGAUUAAGUGAAGGCUUUCUUUUUUAGGCGUAUUAAAGGGUUGAAAUAAUA